AUGGCAUCGUGUUGGUGCUCGUUCGGUGAAGACACAAAGCCACAAGAAGAGGCAGUCAUUUGCGAACUACAUUCAGUACGGCGGACAAAAAGCUCCAGCGGCACAUUCCUUCCAAGUGGAGAACUAACGGUGAUGGAUGCAAAAACUAGAAGUCUCAGGAAAAUUGGCGUCCUAUUCGACACAGCAGCAGAGUCCUCUUUCAUCAACAGUAGUCUCGCCGACGACCUUAAUCAUCUCACUCUCGAAAAAACAAAGUUGCGUCUACACACGUUCGGAUCAGAACAAGUGCAAGAAAAAAUAUGCCACAGGGUUCAACUAGAAGUCUGGGAUGUUAAAGGACAAUCUCUGUCUCUGUCACUCCUCACACAUGAUGUAUUGGCAAAAUCCUUCGACACUUCGCCAUUAUGUGAAGAGGAAAUGGAGUUCAACCGCAAGUUGAACAUUCCUAUUAAGCUCAAUAGAGACAAGUCGACAGUUCAACCACUGAUUCUCCUUGGAUACAGCUAUGGUCAUUAA